UCAAUCACUUGAUGGACUACUAAACUAAGCCGCACAGUUAAAUAAACAGAAUUAUUGUAAGUGUCAACCAUUUCUGUUGCUUUCAAUAUUCAAAACCCAAAUGUAAUAAUCUCUUCUUUGACAUGCCAAAACAUUUCUUCAAAUCAAAGCUCACUAUCUAAUCUUGAACUUCACCCAUCUCAAAAUCAUCAAUAAAAUCCAAAAAAAUUCUCAAUCUACUGAGUCUGCCCUUCAAGAAUUUCCAUGGCAGGCUCAAUUUUCUUCUCCAUUUUUCUAUCUUUACUCAUCUUUUCAAGUAUCCAUGUUGAAUCCAAUGAAGAAGGGUACAUAUCAUUGGAUAUAUCAAAUAAGGGUCUUGAUUUUGUGAAGGAAUUUCUAGUAGAAAUGGCGGAAACUUCAUUAGUUCCGCUUGACCUACCUAAAAUUAAGAAAUCAAAGCAUAUUCCUAUUAUUGGUACAGUUCAUAUGGUUCUUUCGAAUAUUACUAUCAAUAAUAUUCAUGUAAUUUCUUCGACUGUUAAAGCUGGUGAUACGGGUAUAGUUAUUAGUGUUUCUGGUGCUUAUGCGAAUAUGACCAUGAAUUGGGAAUAUUCAUAUACGAGUUGGUUGCUUCCUAUUCCUAUUGAAGAUAAUGGAGAAGCUUCCAUUCAGGUGGAAGGUAUGGACGUUGGAAUUUCUUUCAAUCUGACGAAUCUCCAAGGAUCUCUUAUGCUCUCUCCCCUGGACUGUGGAUGUUCAGUGAAAGAUAUAUUUAUAAAGUUGGAUGGUGGAGCAUCCUGGCUAUAUCAAGGGUUAAUUGAUGCUUUUGAAGGUAGAUUAUCUUCUGCCGUAGAAAACGCUAUUUCAAAGAAAUUGAGAGAAGGAAUUGUGAAGCUUGAUUCUUUAUUGCAGUCCCUACCAAAGGAAAUUCCAAUAAGAAAUAUUGCUGCUUUAAAUGUCACCUUUGUUGGUGACCCACAAUUUCGAGACUCGUCUCUUGUUCUUUCAAUUAAUGGGUUAAUUAGUGCCAAGAAAGUACACGCAGCACCUCCUUACCAUCAUUUAUUUGCGUCUCUAGAACACUUACUAGCGUCAAUUCCUUUGAAGGAUCCGGCAAGCAUGGUUACUAUUUCCUUGCAUGAAAAAGUUUUAGUGUCUGCAUCAUCUGUUUACUAUGAUGCCAAUAAAAUGCGCUGGAUUGUUGACAAAGUCCCCGAACAAUCCUUGUUAAACACAGCUGGAUGGAGGUUCAUUAUCCCACAACUUUACAGGCGAUAUCCAAAUGAUGACAUGAAUUUGAAUAUUUCCCUUUUUUCUCCACCUCAUAUGAAAAUUAAAGAACAUCAGAUUGAUCUGACGGUUCACGCAGAUAUCAUUAUUAAUGUUUUGAAUUCAGGUGAAGUGACACCAGUUGCAUGCUUUUCAACGGCAGUCAGUGGUUCAGCUUAUCCAUGGAUUUCCAACAAUAAUCUUGGAGGAAGUAUUGGAUUAGAUGAAUUGUCUCUUUCUUUGAAAUGGAGUAAAAUUGGCAAUUUGCAUGUGAAUCUAGUCCGGGUACUGAUGUCAACUGCACUGAGGACCGUGAUCGUGCCAUACAUAAAUUUAAAACUCAGUAGAGGAUAUCUGCUGCCCACAUUUCACGGCUACAUCCUUCAAAAUGCUAAUAUCCUGUGCAGUGACUCGUGGAUUAAGAUUUCCAGUGAUGUUGCAUCUGUCAAACAAUUAAGUUAGUUCCUACAUCAUAUGGUUGUGAGCUAUGUUGCUUGGACCCUCUAAAAUGCCGCUACACCCGUGUUGAACCCUCCAAAAGCUCCGACACACACCCGGCAGUAUGUUUGAAGAGUUCGAACAAUAUAGGUUGUGAGUCCCUCAUUUCCACUGUACCAGACCUUUCACUGAAAUGUAGUUGCACAUUGAUCGACAAAUAUGUAUACUAGGUGUAGAAUGUAUUUUUUUUCUUUCUUGUUGCAAGUGCUAUAUGCAUGUUGCUCAUAUAGCUAUUGUAAAUCCUUCUCUCUUGUCUAUUUAUACAAAUUCUCUUUAUACCA